AUGUUGAGAGCUACUAGAGGAACUUUGAACAAACGUGUGACGUCUGUUUUGCGCCGUAAUUACUCCUCUCACAAGGAGUUAAAGUUUGGCGUUGAAGGAAGAGCGGCUCUUUUAAAGGGUGUUGAAACGUUGGCCGAAGCUGUGUCUGCUACUUUAGGUCCUAAGGGUAGAAACGUGCUCAUCGAACAGCCAUUUGGAGCGCCAAAAAUCACAAAGGAUGGUGUGACAGUGGCAAAGGCCAUUACUUUGGAGGACAAGUUCGAGAAUAUGGGCGCUAAGCUAUUGCAAGAAGUUGCUUCUAAGACCAAUGAAGCUGCGGGUGAUGGUACCACGUCGGCUACCGUUUUAGGUCGUGCCAUCUUUACCGAGUCUGUGAAGAACGUGGCUGCCGGCUGCAAUCCCAUGGACCUCAGGAGAGGUACCCAGGCCGCUGUUGAGAAGGUCAUUCAGUUUUUGAGUGCGAACAAAAAAGAAAUCACCACAUCUGCUGAAAUCGCUCAAGUGGCCACUAUCUCUGCGAACGGAGAUGCACAUGUCGGAAAGCUCUUGGCUUCUGCCAUGGAGAAAGUUGGAAAAGAGGGUGUCAUCACUAUCAAAGAAGGUAGAACGUUGGAGGAUGAAUUAGAGGUUACAGAAGGUAUGAGAUUCGACCGUGGGUAUAUCUCCCCUUACUUCAUCACUGACGCUAAGUCUAACAAGGUGGAAUUUGAGAAGCCUUUGCUUUUGCUCAGCGAAAAGAAGGUCUCUUCGAUUCAAGACAUCUUACCUGCCUUGGAGCUCUCUAACCAAACGAGAAGACCUUUGCUGAUCAUCGCCGAAGACAUCGAUGGCGAAGCAUUGGCCGCCUGUAUUCUUAACAAGCUCAGAGGCCAAGUGAAGGUGUGUGCUGUCAAGGCACCAGGUUUUGGUGAUAACAGAAAGAACACAUUGGGUGACAUUGCCAUUCUAUCUGGCGGUACCGUCUUCACGGAAGAAUUAGACUUGAAGCCAGAAAACUGCACACUAGAACACCUAGGAUCUUGUGACGCCAUCACAAUAACUAAGGAAGACACCGUGAUUCUCAACGGCAAUGGUAGUAAAGAUAACAUUACCGCCAGAAUUGAGCAGAUCAAAAAUUCUAUCGAUUUGACGACGACCAACUCUUACGAAAAGGAGAAGCUACAAGAGCGUCUUGCCAAACUCUCAGGCGGUGUGGCCGUGGUGAGAGUUGGUGGCGCCUCUGAAGUUGAGGUCGGUGAGAAGAAGGAUCGUUAUGAUGACGCUUUGAAUGCCACCAGGGCUGCGGUUGAGCAAGGUAUCUUGCCAGGUGGUGGUACUGCGUUGUUAAAGGCCUGUAAGGUUUUGGACGAAGUCAAGACCGACAACUUUGAUCAAAAAUUGGGCGUUGAUAUCAUCAGAAAGGCCAUCACCAGACCCGCCAGAAAGAUCAUUGAAAAUGCUGGCGAAGAGGGUUCCGUUAUCGUUGGUAAAAUUAUUGACGAGUACGGAGCUGACUUUACUCAGGGCUACAAUGCUGCCAAGGGUGAAUACACCGACAUGUUGGCUGCUGGUAUCAUUGAUCCUUUCAAAGUCGUGAGAUCUGGUUUAGUCGACGCCUCCGGUGUUGCGUCCUUAUUAGCCACUACCGAGGUUGCUAUCGUGGAUGCUCCACAACCCCCAAGCGCCGGUCCACCAGGUGGUAUGCCUGGUAUGCCUGGUAUGAUGUGA